GAGUGAGAACCUAGCGGCGGUUAGCAUGUUAGCCGGGUAGGGUUUUCCGCAGAGCUUGGUUAUUGCUUGGCAACAACUUGAAGGUGGUAGGAGUCCGUUGCGAUAAGUGAUGACGAUGUGUUCAGAAAGGGGUACGCCGAUGACGCGACCAUUUAUUUUCCUGUCGAAAUUAGAAGGGCGCGGUAGGAUGGUUAGGCCCAGGCGCCGGUGGGAAACGCAGACGAUUACAAACCUAGCAGCAUGGGCUUUCCGUGGCCUAAUAGACGACCUAGUCCGGUUUACGUCGGUAGUACUUAGCAAGCUCGGUUCCUGCAGUUGGGUCAGACGCGGAGGGUGCGGUGCGGGCGAUAGAAGCAAGGAGGUCGUUGGUGAGAGAGCCCAUUUCCCGCGAAAUCAAGGUGCGACGGACUUAGCGGUAUUUGUUCCUGCAGGUGUUGACUGGACCUCUUAGGGACCUCUUAUCUGUCGACCGUAAGACGCGGGUAGCAGCGGCAUCUCCCAGUGGCGCUUGCAGAUCCUUGCUGGGCAGCACGAGAAGAAAACGCCGACAUGGGGCUCAUCGUGGGCGCUGCUUUGCUGUGCUCUCGCCGGCAGGAGUCUCCGCCACCACGUCCUCUCGUUCUCCGUACACCGCCUCGUGGUGUGUCAGAGGCUCUGGUCUACCCUUAACCCUACAACGUUCCCAAGGGCACCAUCCUCUUUGUCCCUCAACCAGAGGAGUUUCGCUGGGAGCGGUUUUUCUCCCGUCCGGCCUUCCUGCCCACGCCUCCCCGACGUGCAUCCCCAACGGGCUGGAGCUGCUGCUGCACACCAAAGCUGGGCUCUGGUGCACGCUGAAGCCCAGGGGCGCUGCUGCUGGGGCUGGAGCUGCUGCUGCAACGGCGACAGUGACGGCAUGAUUGUGGAUGCUGAUGUUCUCUGACAGAUUCAGUUCAUUUUCAUUCAGGUGGCGUCUGACUUCGCCUUGCUGCCCUUGGGUGGCGGGCUGCGCAAGUGUGUGGGCGACUAGUUGGUGCUGAUGGAGUCCACAGUAGCGCUCGCCAUGCUCAGAUUUAACAUCUGCCUGGAGGACACAGAGGUGGUUAUGGGCACCACCAUGCACACCAAGGCGGGGCUCUGGUGCACGCUGAAGCCUAGGGACACUGCUGCUGGGGCUGGGGCUGCUGCUGCAGCAGUGACAGCGACCGCAUGAUUGUGAAUGCUCAACGUGCGCCUGGACGGUCCGCAUAAGGAGACAGAGAUGGCGAUGGGCGCCACCAUGCACCCCAAGGCUGGGCUCUCGUGCAGGCUGAAGACAAGGGGGGGUGCUGCCGCGGCAGCUGCAACAGCAAUUGCAUGAUUGUGUCAACUUAUACAUAUUAUCUAUGUAGAAGUUAUAGGCUAGACUGAGGUAUGCUUCUAAUCUCCUCACACAGCUUCUUCCAGCUCGCCUCCCUCUCUUCGCGUGAGCGGAUAACACUUCCACUCGCCUCACCAGACACCCUCAGCCCGUUGCUGCUGCACGCGUUCGCGCUCUCAACUGGGUUCACUGAUGGUGCAGCAGCAUCCGCUACAAGCACUGCUGCUGCAGCUGCAGGAGUCACGCUAGUAUCCGUCACCGCUGAUGCAGUCAGAGCCACAGGAACCACAGGCGACACCAGAACCACGGCCACAGGCGUAACCACAGAAGAUGGUGCGACCGGAGCAGCCGCAGCCUUCCCUCCAAACCGGCCAAUUCCCAGCCUCUUAACGUCCGAUGAGUCAGUGAUCUGAACCUUCUUUAUCUUCUGAAGGCGAUCAGCAUCGGAGUGGCCUUGGGAGGAAGACGCCUGCAUCUGCUUCGUCAGAUUCUCCAGCAGGGGCCUCACGCUCUUCAGACGCACGCUGCUGCAGGAGCUGACACAGUCGCUGGUGUUGGUCGCCGUCUUGGUGUCGCACGCAGCAGCAGGGAGUAGUAGAUCCGGAACUUUAUGAACGGCUGAUUUGACAGGAGAGUAUGCAGAAGGAGAGAAAGCCGUACAAGGCGUGCCGAACCUGCCAAUGCCUCUGGUAGGCGUUGCAGGACUGGAGGUUGGUGAAGCAGCGUUGAUGGUCUUCGCCAUUCCGCCGUUAACGACGCAGCAAUCCGCACCAGAGGCCAUGUUAGUUGAUUGUAGUUGAGCAGAUCGCUUGAACAGAAGCUUGUUGACGGAUGUCCGGUCGUAUGAUCAGGAAAAGCUAGCUGAAAUCGGCUUGGCUUUCAGUCAGAUUUCGCAAAGCUGAGAAUUGUGCUCUCAGCAGUUGAAGAGCAGGGGUACCAAAAGUGUUGAACCAACGAUGAGAAUGACAAGAUCAAACUCUCGCGAGCCCAUUACUACU